UCACGAUUCGGCCCCUCAAAUUGCUGGUAUUACAUCACCAAAGAGGAGACUAGCUACCCAGCCCAGUCCAGUGAUGUGGGUGCAGGAAGAUGGAGACAACCUCAUCCCCUUUGCCAAGUGUUCCAGGGUGGUCAGCCGAUCUCCACCACUCAGGUUGCCUUCCCAGAGCCUCAGACCAAUGCCCCAGCAUUAUGGAGAUGUCUUCUGGAAGAAUCUCAGUCAAAGGCCCAGCCCCAGCUGGAUGGAGGAACAGCACAUUCCACCCAAGCUGAGAACCACUGAUUGCUCCCAGCUUGGUCUGUACCCUCCUGAGCAGCUCCCACCCCCUGAGAUGCUUUGCAGAAGAAAGAAGAGGAGGCUGUGUUUGGAAGGAAUGCCACAGGGAUUUGGGGGGGUCCCCGCCCGGGUGAGGGCUGUCACUUACCACCUGGAGGACCUAAGAAGGCGUCAGAGCAUCAUAAAUGAACUGAAGAAGGCCCAGUGGGGUAGCUCUGGGGCUGCAUCUGAGCCAGUGGUGCUUGGCAAAGAGGGCUGUGGAUUCCCCAGCACCAAUGAAUACCCUGAUCUGGAAGAGGAGAGGGCAACCUAUCCACAGGAAGAGAACCAUUUUCUCACUCCUGGCAGAGCCCAGCUGCUUUGGUCUCCCUGGAGUCCCCUGGGUCAGGAGGAGGCUUGUGCCUUCAGGCAGCCACGCUCUCUGGCCUCCUUCAGCACUGUCACAGCCAGGAGGAACCCCCUGCACAAUCCCUGGGGGAUGGAGUUGGAGUCUGAAGAGUAAGGAGAUCUGAUGCCAAGAUGAUAGUGGUGCCUCGGGAACCCAAGACUAGUGCGGCACUGGAACAACCCCAUCGCUGACAUGAAGGUGUUUCCCCUUCCUUUGCCUCUCCAACUGCCUUUCCGAGUCUCUGAACUAGGCAUUAACAGCCUCCUCCCCCACCCCGGGCUCCCAUCUCAACCCACCGCUCUCACAAGAGCACCCCCAAGUCCUGUUUUCCUCUAGGCCCCGCUCCCGGCCUUGUGUUCUCUCUGCUCUGUUAUUAAAAAGCAAGCAAGUG